CGGGUGCUGGGUGGAGGGGAGUGAGUGCUUAGAUUCGCGACAGUGUGUGGGGGCGCCUCUCUUGGAUUUACAUCUGCAGCAGUCAGCAUGAAGAUAGGAGCAGCGACUCCGCCGCCAUCGCAGCCCGUCAGCGGGCUAAAGUUGGGCAUCGUCAGGCUGGGCAGAGCAGCGGGCAAGACAAAGUAUGCACUCCUCGACGAGAGAGACAUCUGCCUCGUGCAACAGUACGCCUUCGAGGCACGAGUGGAUAUCGACAGGGACGGCAACGGUGCGGCCAUCUACGCCUGGGCCUACGACAUCUCCAGGGGCCGAACGUCCGGGCAGUACGUUCACGAUCUUCUAUGGGAAACUCAUAGAGGAGGUAUAGCACCGGGUUGGAAAGUAAUCCACCUCAACAGUGUAACCGUCGACAACAGAUUGGAAAACCUCGCACUCGUUCCCGUAGGAGCCAAGCAGCCUGCAGCGGGGCACGUGUUCUCACCCCGGGAACAGUCCUUGUACUGGGUCGCCAUCCAGCAACUGCCUGCUGAUCCUGUAGAAGAGCAAUAUGGAGAUUUUUUGGUAACUAGAUACUACAACGCUAAUGGAGAAAUUGUAGAAGAGGAAGAAGAUUGCUAUUAUGAAUGCAGGUAUCCACCUUGUACUAAUAUAGAGAAAGAAUUAAGGGAAUUUUCAAUUUGUGGGAGAUGUCAGGAAGCAAGAUAUUGUGGUACCUUCUGUCAACAAAAAGAUUGGCCAAUUCAUAAGAAACUUUGUCGAGAAAAGAGGCGGCCGUGCAUAACAGAAAGACCGCCCGAACGCUAACGUCUGCCUUUGCUAGUCAUUCAUCUUUUGCAGGCACCCAAACUUCUAAAUAUUGGAGGAUUAUUUGUUGUUCAUGAUUUCAAGUAAUCACCCAAUUUUUUUACGUAUAGUUGAAGCUGCAGUUAGCACCUGAUAUCCUGUCUAUCUCAUUCUCUCUCAAAUUUAUGUUGAUUUUAAGCCAGUUACUGCUUUACUGGUCAAAAUAUUUUGGAUAGGAGCUUGUAUACAAAGAAUCUUCAUGGAAAAUCACUACUAGAAUGAUUCAAUUUCAGAUAUGCAAAGAAUGGUUUGUGAAAUUCUCAUUUGGUAAUACAAGAAUAUUAACAGUAAUGAAGCUGUUUUUCUAUUACUGUAACAUUGAAAUGUUGAGGCAUUUUUUCUAUUCUUAGCAUUGGAGUGAUCGUUAUGGGUGAGCAGGGCAUAUAAUUUGACUAAAUCUAAAACAGUACAGAAAUGCAUUGUCCUCCAGUAUAAAAAGGUUGGGAGUCUGCUGUUAAAUCAACAGUGGUUCUGCUAUGUGAAAGUGAGAUUUGAUAACUGCUAGGUGUGUCAGAAGGUAAACAGUGAAUCCUGUGGCAACUUACAAGCAAACAAUAUGUCUCUUAAUUGUUAUUCAUUUGACAAUUGAAGUAAAUUUUCUUCUCAGUUAUUUGAAGUACUACAGAUUGUAAUCAUUAGUGUAGUUCUUUGUAUGGCCCAAUCUUUUUUGUGAAUCAUAAUGGUUUAUUAUUGAAUGAAAAUUGUUUUCAAGUGUAAUGUGUCAGAAAUAUCUGCCUUUUGAGGUCUAAUAUUCAGCUGACUAGAACAUUUUUAUAUUUCUUUGACAGAAGCACACUGAACUGAGUUUUGUAAGCCUCAUAAAGUGUCUUACGAUUAGUUCUUUCCUCUGAUAACUUCAACACAAAACUAAAUUUUUUUUUCCUAGACUAUCAGGGUAAGAUGCAGGCAAGGCUAAAGUAGGGUCUUUUAUUUCAUUGUUACAUGUAGACAACCAGGUAUGUAAAAUCCAAUGUAGUAAUUAAGAGAGAAAGAGAAUCAAAUUUAGUUAAUGGUUGGCUAAGAUUUAAAUUCCUGAAAAGAUUAAUACUGUAUCAUUUGCCAUGAGCAGUUGAACAUACGUUAUACCAUUAAACGUACAGUGGUUAACAGAGUGAUUUGAAAACCAAUUUUAACCUUGAAUCAGCUUUGUAGGGAUAAUUUUCUCUUUUAGUCUUUGAUUAAUAGUGUUGACCAUUGAGAAUGUUUUACAAUUAAUUCAUAUUCAGCUUGCCAUGGGAUUUACUUUUGAGUGUCCUCAAUUUUUAAAAAUGCAUUAAGUAUAAGUGUGUUAACGAUUAUCCCAAAGUGCAUUUACCAUGAUGAGACAAAAGACCAGAUGUUCAGACUUGACUAUAAAUGUUAGGAGAGUUCAGUCAAAGCUGCCCUUCCCAUUUGUAGAGGGGGGAUGGAAAAUGUUGGUAACAAAGUGCAAUGAUUGCUCAACUUCUCAUUCCAUAGGAGCUGUACGUAAACGGUUUUUUGAAAGCCGAAUUGUUGUUGCAAUAUGUAAGUUGGUGGACACAGGUGAUAGUCAUUGUGUCAGUUAUGUUGGAUGUACAAAGAGUUGAUACAGUGUCCUGAUUUUGUGUUCCUGUGUGGGAGUGGUAUUUAUUACAGCCUCUAAUUAUUUAUUCCAUUAGUUUUAAUAAUAGUGUUAGAUUGCAUCUUUCUAAUUAUCAAAGGUCUGCAUUACACAGUAUCAGCUAAUAAUCUUGUUACAUGCUGGAGUCCAACACAGUUUAGUAUGUAGAACAAGCCAAUUGUAACAAAUUAAUCUCCUUAAAACAUAACACAUUUAUAUAUAACAAAACUGUGUAUAGCAAAAAAUAAUCCUGAAUUAAGAUAUAUUUUUCUGUUUGCUAUUGUUUUAUAUGUGAAAUAGUGUAUUAAUUCAUACAGGAGGAUUAAUGUAUUGGUUCAAAUACUGCAGCAUUAAAACUUUUUUUUUCUUAUUCACUGUGUUUAUGCAAGUAACAUGUGAUAGGUAACUAUGUUAAGCCUCUAAUAUAUCCUUAGAAUAUUUUUUUACCUGGUUUUGAUAGGGUCUUUUAAUAAAAGAUUUGCAGGAGCAUGGUGGAAAAUAUCAGUGUAAGCACUGCAUGAAUGAUGUCCUUUUCAAUGUCCAAAUUAUGUUACAGUAUUCAGGUAGACAUUCUCUCAUAUUUUCAUCUGCUGAUUAAAAGACAAAAGUUUAUAGAAUGUCAACAGACAUAACUGUAUGAGUUUUGACAUAUCACUUUAGUUUUAAGUAACCACUAACAUGAGUUCCUUUCCUAUUUAGUAUUUUGCAAUGUCCUCAGUGGAUUUCUUUCUUUAUUUUGAAAAACUCACUCUCAUUUUUAUUCUAACGUCUUGUUAAUACUCCUUCCUUUGUAACAUAGCUAUAGUUGCUAUAGGACUUUUUUUUCCAAUUUUGCUGCAAAGCAAUGAAUGGUUAUAAUGAUGAGGCUUUCUUAACAAGGACAAGACAAUAGUGUAAGAUAUGGGCAUGACAUGUACAUUUAUAUGGUAGCUGUAUCUAGCUUUAACAAUGAAGAUUUUAAUUAUGAAUUGAUAUAACUUCACUAAUAGCUGAUAGGUAGAUUACUGUUUUGUGUAAAUACCUCUCCAAAGUUGUUGGACAUUAUAUUUAGCUUUAUCCACCCAGCAGCCAUUGUUUGUUAGUGAAGAGAGUAAUCUGCAAUUAAUCUUAAAAAAAUGUAGAAAACUUGUUAAAAACAAAUGUAAAAUAUAUCUUAAGGUUGGUGCUAGUUUUGUGUCGUUUUGUGUUAAUAUAAAAAAAAAACUUAUGUUGGAAAAAAUUCAGUAAUACCACUAUUGCCUUGUUUAAUGUGUAAGUGGUCACAUUUGCGGAAUGGAAGGAUUUUUGGGUUAGAGAAACCUUCAUUAAUAUUUACCUUGGGUUUUUGAUAUGAGAGAGCUAUCAUUUCCUAGUUAAGAGUACAGUGGUGCCCCAUAUUCGUGGGGGAUGGGUACCAGACCCCCCCCCCCCCCCCCCCCCCCUGAAUAGUUGGAACCCCUAUAAAAACACUUAAAAUGGCCUAAUUUGUUAGUGAAAACUCAAGAAAAACUCAUAAAAAAUUUGUAUACCUGGUUUAUUUAAUAGUUUUAUAAAAAAAUUGCAUUUUAUGAGAUAAAAAAAAUUCUGGAUAUUUCUCAUAGAAAAAUACGUACUGUGAAUAUGCAAAUUUUCGGUGCUUAAUGGGGGGAAAUAUUCAAGAGAGAAAUCCUUAGAAAAAUACUGCAAAUAGGUGAAUUUCCUGUGAAAAACUGGGGGAAAUGUUCCAGACAGAAAUCCGUGAAUGCGUGAGUCCGCGAAUCUGGAGAAAACGAAUACGGGGAGCCCACUGUAAAUCUAUAGAAUUUAACUUCAUGAUUUCCCUGCUGGAGUUUUGUUAUAUGAGGAACUUUGCCCUACCUGGCUACCAGAGUUUGCUCACAGAACAAGAUUGUUGUGGGUUUAAUGCUAUCAUGUCACACUGAAAGAACAUAAGCUUUAAUAAUAAAAUGUAGUGGCAAAGAAUGUGGACCUAGAGCAAAUAUGAGUAAUAACAAUUUCAAAUAUUUUAGUACCUAACAGUAAAAUUGCAUCUAGUGGUUCUGUUAAUAGUAUGGUUAGAGCUUCACACUUAUCCAUAGGCUGAAGCAAUAUAAGGAGAAUAUGAAGGUACGAACUUGAAACUAUUUAGAUGUAAAAAUGCUGUAGGUGAUUUAUAAAGUUCAUCAUAAGCAACUAUGUAGACUAUGAACUAAUUUUAAAUGAGGUCAUUUCUGUUCUUCCAUCAGGUGUUACAAAAAUUGUUGCUAUAUUUUCACAAAGAUUUUGUAUAGGAGUUAAGUUUUAAAUAGGUUUUACCACUAAGUAGAUGCUACACUCUCUUCACUGGCGAUUAACUAGUAUGUGAGUCGACUUCUUUCUUGAGGUAUUUACACAAAGAAAGUACCUUAUAUGCAAUACAGUACUACUACAGUCAUGCUGUCUACCUUUGUUCCUUUUUACAGUAUUUGUUUAGCAUUAAUUUUAUAUAGAAGAAUAAUUAACCUAGAGCCUAGCUUUUGGUGAAUUACUAAUUUUUAUUCUCAUAAUUGAUUGACAAGGUAAUAAUAAUAGUUUUUACAAAGCUAUACUAACAUAGUUUUGUAACUAAAAAAAGCAGGAUAUCAGUCCAUUAUUUUGUUGAAAAUAUUUUGGUUAAAGGAAAAUUUGAUGAGGUAUUUAAAAACAGGUUUUGUAAGUCAGUGUGUUAAUGCACAGUGACUGGUUGUAGUCGAAGUUUUUUGGCUCUUGAUUUAUUAUGGCUGCAAAGAGUUCUAUAUAUUGAAAAACUGCUCUUACCUAUGAUCUCAAACCAUGACCAGUCUAAUGAUAGAUGAAGGUGCAAUGGUUCUUCCUCAGUGGGUAUAAUUGAGGAUUAUUUUAUUUCCUUUUUUUAUUUUUUAUAAUCAGUAUGCAAUCUAUAUGUAAUACAUGAUCACCAAGCUGAAUGAUUAUUAGAUUUGUUUUUCUUUGUAUGUACUCAUUAUUAUUACUACUGUAUUUUUUCUAUUGUAUAACAGGGGUUAGAAACAAAGAUUCCCAAAUAGUUUAGCCAUGCAUAACAAUGGAUUUGAGGAAUCAUCAGUGCAAGGGACUGUUAUUUCACAGAAGUUUCAAAGUGCAGAUGGGUAUUUGUAAUUUUCUCUUAUCUCUUUAUUUUUCUAGAGAUGAAAUACAGUGUGUUACUGUUAUUUAAUGCUAUGGUCAUGCUGUGCAUGAGGAUGUCUUUCAUCUUGUGUAUUGUCUUUACAUCACUCGAAGACCUUGAAGUUUUUAUGCAUAGCCCUAACUAAAUGGGAACUGUGAAUGAAGCAGCUUAAGAAACAGUGAAGGCUUUAUUAUAGCCACAGUUGUCAAACAGGCGAGCUUCCUGGAGACAGAAACUUGGUAAUGAAGAUAAGUGUGCAUUGAAUACACUUCAUCCUUGUUCCACCUGUUUUAUCAGUGCCUUUUAUGAGCCAUUAUUACUAUUCCAUUAAUCUUUACAAUAGAGUCAAUCUUCCAUUGUCAUACUAUUAUCAUGAGAUGUGAUAUUGAAAGAGAGAUUGUGACAUAAUUCAAUAGCUGUGUGGUGCAAAAGAAAAUAUAUUGCCACAUCUCAUUCUUAGAUACAAGGUUCUGUUUAUGAUUUUGUGGGAAUUUUCUGUUUCUGCAAUCAUCUGUAAGGAGUACAUUUUACUUGACAAUAUGAGCUAUUUUCUGUGUGAGGGGUUAUCUGUGAGGCAUACUGUAUUGGGAUGAUCCCACAUGCUAUCAGAUGAGGUGAUGUAGGGAACGUUGUUGCUCUCUUUCCUGUACCUUCCAAGUUAAUUACAAAACAAUAAGUGGCUGAACUGUACAGCAUUUACAUUUUUUCUAUACUGGUUAACCUAAUUGCUUUGUUUCUAAUUACGGAGGGUUGACUUCCCUCCAUCCUAGGCUAGGUUAAUGACAAGCUUAGCUGAUAAAGACUUCUAGUCCUACUAACACCAAAUAUAUGUUUAAUAAUAAAAUAAUAAUGUUA